UGCUUUUUGUCUACCACAUCCCUUCAGAGCCGAACUAUGACUAAAGAAAAUGUACAAGGAGGCGGCGAGGAGGAGCAGCAGGCCCAGUCCAAGAAAGCCCUGAAGAAACAGCAGAAGGAAGCAGAGAAAGCGGCGAAAAAGGCAGAGAAGCAGGCCAAGCUGGCCUCAGAGCAGCAGGAAACUGAGGAAGAUGACUUUGCCAAGGAUCGCUAUGGGAUCUGUCCGAUGGUCCAAUCCCAGCAAAAACUGGACAGGGCGUUGGUGCGUGUCCAGGACCUGACACUGGAGAAGGCUGAGCAGCAGAUCUGGGUGCGUGCCAGAAUUCACACCAGCAGAGCUAAAGGGAAGCAGUGCUUCUUGGUCCUGCGUCACCAGCAGUUCACGGUUCAGGCUCUGCUCGCGGUGGGAGAUCGUGCCAGCAAGCAGAUGGUCAAGUUUGCUGCUAACAUCACAAAGGAGAGCAUCAUUGAUGUGGAGGCCGUAGUGAAGAAGGUGGAGCAGAAGAUCGAGAGCUGUUCUCAGCAGGAUGUGGAGCUUCACGUGGAGAGGAUCUUUGUGAUAAGUCAGUCUGAGGCCAGACUCCCCCUUCAGCUGGAAGAUGCUGUCAGGCCAGAAGGAGAAGGAGAUGAGGAGGGAAGAGCCACUGUCAAUCAGGACACCAGGCUGGACAACAGAGUUAUUGAUCUAAGAACCACGACCAGCCAGGCUAUCUUCCGGCUGCAGUCGGGCGUAUGUCAACUCUUCAGAGACACUCUCAUCAACAAGGGCUUUGUGGAGAUCCAGACUCCCAAAAUCAUCUCUGCUGCUAGUGAAGGUGGAGCAAACGUCUUCACCGUCUCCUACUUCAAGACCAGUGCGUAUCUGGCUCAAUCUCCUCAGCUCUACAAGCAGAUGUGUAUUUGUGCUGAUUUUGACAAAGUCUUCUGUGUCGGACCAGUGUUCAGGGCUGAAGACUCCAACACUCAUCGCCACCUCACUGAGUUUGUGGGUCUGGAUAUAGAAAUGGCCUUCAGUUAUCAUUACCAUGAGGUCAUCGACUCCAUUACUGACACCAUGGUUCAGAUCUUUAAAGGACUGCGUGACCGCUUCCAGACGGAGAUCCAGACGGUGAAUAAGCAGUAUCCCAGCGAGCCGUUCAAGUUCCUGGAGCCCACGCUGAGGCUGGAGUACAAGGAAGGGUUGGCCAUGCUGAGAGCUGCUGGUGUGGAGAUGGGAGAUGAAGAAGAUCUCAGCACACCCAAUGAAAAGCUGCUUGGUCGUCUUGUAAAGGAGAAGUAUGACACUGACUUCUAUGUGCUGGACAAAUAUCCACUGGCUGUGAGGCCUUUCUACACUAUGCCUGACCCCAGCAAUCUGAAAUACUCCAACUCCUACGACAUGUUCAUGAGAGGAGAGGAGAUCCUGUCUGGAGCUCAGAGAAUCCACGAUGCUCAGCUGCUAACUGAAAGAGCAAUGCACCACAACAUCGACCUGGAGAAGAUCAAGGCCUACAUUGACUCGUUCCGUUAUGGAGCUCCUCCUCAUGCUGGUGGUGGCAUAGGUCUUGAAAGAGUGACCAUGCUUUAUCUCGGCCUACACAAUGUACGCCAGACCUCCAUGUUCCCUCGUGAUCCCAAACGCCUCACUCCAUAAGCAAUAAAGCAGCCGAUCGGUCUCGCAUCUGCCAUCCGCCUCAAACAGUAGAACCUCUAGGACACCAGCCAUCAGGGAUCUGGAAGUGCCAUGAUGUUUAACCCACAAAAAUGAAGCCAGUUUUAUAAUACUUGUCAGCAGACACAGCAGGAUGUUAGAUUAAAUAAUGUACUUAAAGGUGAUAGUUCACCUAAAAUGUAAAAUUCUGACAUUUUUUUCUCUCAUGUGUUCUUAAACGUUUAUAAUUGUCUUUCUUUUGUUGAACAAAAAAGAAGAUAUUUUGAAGUAUGCUAUAGUCAUUUCUUUUUCCUGCUAUGGAAGUCGCAUACUUCAAAAUAUCUUCUUUUGUGUUCAAGAAAAAAAAAAAAAAAGACAAUUAUAAAUGUUUAAAAACACAUGAGGGAGAAUAAAUGAUUAUGUUUUGGUUGAACUGUCCAACCAAAAUCAAUGAAGGGAAUCAAUGUUUAACUGGUAACAUUCAGAUCACGCGUUAUUAAAAUCACACUUUACAUGUAGGGUUUUUCUACUGACAUAUGUUCCUUUUUUGAGAAUUAUAACAAAUAAUUUAAACCGCACAUGCACAAUAAAUUAACAAUGUUA